AUGCCUACUUUACCUGCCUGUCCCAACGAUCUGCAUCACCCCACAACAACGCCUGACACGAAGGCACUGCCACGCAUACUUUGUUUGCAUGGAGGGGGUGUUAAUGCUGCAAUCUUCGAAGCGCAAUCCCGAGGCCUUAUUCGCCAUCUACAACAUUCCUUCCACCUCGUCUGGGCUGAUGGGCCAUUCUUCUGUGACCCGCACCCUGAUAUUAUCCCAGUAUACAGUUCCUACGCACCCUUUCGGAGAUGGCUAAGGUGGCUUCCUGAGCAUCCAGAGAUUGACACAGAGAGCUGCAUUGAGGAGAUUGGUUACUCCUUGCGAUCUGCGAUAGUGGAAGAUAAUCGGCUGGGUUUUACAGGUGAAUGGGUAGGCUUGAUGGGUUUCAGUCAAGGGGCUAAGCUCUGUGCAAGUCUACUGAUCGAACAGCAAGCAAGAGAAGAGGAGGCGAAAAAAUCAGGUGAGGCCAUUCAGCCUAGCUUGGUUGGGUUUUCAGAUUGCAUUUGGAGGUUUGGUAUCUUGCUUGCAGGCAGGGCGCCCUUGAGCAAUCUGCACCCGGAUCUACUCGAAAGCGACGCACUGGUCAAUGCAGGCGAUCUCUCCGAAGGAUUUCAGUUUAGCGGAGAGGUGCAUGUGCACGCGAAGCUGAGGAAGCCUACACUUCAUGUCCACGGUAUGGCGGAUGCUGGAUUACAUCUCCACCGACGGCUGUUCCACGAAUACUGUGAAGGUGGCACAGCUACAUUAGUUGAGUGGGAAGGCGCGCAUAGAAUACCGCUGAAGAGCAAAGAUGUUAUGCGUGUGGCCACCGCAAUAUACGAUAUGGCGGAGGUAGCAGGAGUAGAAGUGCAUAGGACGACGUAA